CCCGGCGAUUCCGAGACGAAAACUACUGAUUCAGUCUGCAUUAGGCAGAUAAGCUCAAACGAAUUUUGCAGAAACAGCCAAAGACCAAGACUUUGUCAACAUUCAAAGCCCAACCCCACCCUCACCCUCACCCUCACUACCUACAAUUCAUUCCCCUUUUCCAUUAAACCUACUCACGAGCCUCAGAGUUACUCACCUACUCUAGUAGUCCCAGCAUUUCCUUGAAAGUUACAUCCAUCUAUAGAAUUCAUCCCAAGUUCCCUUUUUUGCAACCAAACAAGCGUUACACGACAAGGGAUGAUCGAAUCUUCCGUGGCAUCUUUGAUUUGAUGUUGAUGUUAUAUAUAGACUGGUUCUGAGCUCAGUUACCGGUCAGUCAUGGCGAUUCAGGGGUGGGUUUUGAUUGUUCUGUUAUGGGUUUCUUGCGCCGAGGCGAAGUACAUGGUGUAUGAUACCACGUCGAAGAUAGUUCCGGGGAAGCUUAAUGUGCAUUUGGUGGCGCAUUCGCAUGAUGAUGUUGGGUGGUUGAAGACUAUUGAUCAGUACUAUGUUGGGUCUAAUAAUUCCAUUCAGGUGGCUUGUGUUCAAGACGUGUUGGACUCCAUAGUGCCGGCGUUAUUGGCUGAUAAGAAUAGAAAGUUCAUCUUUGUUGAACAGGCAUUUUUUCAGCGCUGGUGGAGAACUCAGAGUGAGGCAAUUCAAGAGACAGUGAAGCAGCUAGUCAGCUCUGGUCAACUAGAAUUAAUAAAUGGAGGCAUGUGCAUGCAUGAUGAAGCAACCACACAUUACAUUGAUAUGAUAGAUCAAACAACUCUUGGACAUCGAUUUGUCAAACAAGAAUUUAAUGUGACCCCAAGAAUUGGUUGGCAAAUUGAUCCCUUUGGGCAUUCUGCAGCGCAGGCUUACUUGUUAGGGGCAGAAGUUGGAUUUGAUUCACUUUUCUUUGCAAGAAUUGACUACCAAGAUAGAGCAAAGAGGAAAGAUGACAAAACACUUGAGGUUGUCUGGAGGGGUUCUAAGAGUCUUGGUUCAUCUGCACAGAUAUUUUCUGAUGCAUUCCCUGCUGGGAACUAUGAACCUCCAAGUAAAUAUUUUCACUAUGAAAUUGAUGACCAGGAUUCCCUGAUUGUCCAGGAUGACGAGAAUUUGUUUGACUACAACGUCCCUCGUUGUGUGAAUGAGUUCAUAUCUGCUGCAUUAUCACAGGCUAACGUAACUCGAACAAAUCAUAUCAUGUGGACCAUGGGAACAGAUUUCAAGUACCAAUAUGCACACACAUGGUUCCGGCAGAUGGACAAGUUUAUUCAUUAUGUUAAUCAAGAUGGACGUGUCAAUGCCCUAUACUCAACCCCAUCAAUAUAUACUGAUGCAAAAUAUGCAACAAAUGAAUCUUGGCCGAUCAAGACUGAUGAUUACUUCCCAUAUGCAGACCGUGUAAAUGCAUACUGGACAGGAUAUUUUACUAGUAGACCAUCCUUGAAAGGCUAUGUUAGAACAAUGAGUGGCUACUAUUUGGCAGCUAGGCAAUUGGAGUUCUAUAAGGGAAGAAGUAAAGCAGGGCCAAACGUAGACUCUUUGGCUGAUGCUUUGGCAAUUGCUCAACAUCAUGAUGGAAUCAGUGGUACAUCAAAGCAGCAUGUUGCUGAUGAUUAUGCAAAACGAUUGUCCAUCGGCUAUGAUGAGGCUGCACAGAUGGUUGAAAUGUCUCUUGCCUGCAUAAUGGAGUCAUCUUCAAAGACUGGCUGUAGAAGUCCAACAACUAAGUUUCAACAGUGUCCACUUCUGAAUAUAAGUUAUUGUCCUUCAUCAGAAGUAGGCUUGUCAAAUGGGAAAAGCCUGGUGGUGGUUGUCUAUAAUCCUCUAGGGUGGAAAAGAGAGGAUGUUAUAAGGAUUCCUGUAAUUGAUGAAAAAGUCACUGUUAAGGAUGCUGGAGGAAAAGUAAUUGAAUCUCAGCUCCUACCAGUACAAAAUGCCUCAUUGGCUAUAAGAAACUACCAUUCAAUGGCUUAUUUGGGUAGAUCUCCAAGUACAACACCAAAGUAUUGGCUUGCAUUUUCAGCAUCAGCACCACCACUUGGUUUCAAUACUUACUUCAUCUCAAGAGUCAAAAAGCCAGUUCCUCAUGCAAAGAGCCAUGUAAUGCACAGUUCAGAACUAAGUAAAAGUGGUACGGUUGAAGUUGGAUUGGGGGCUCUUAAACUUGUGUAUUCUGGAAAUGGUGGAAAACUCCUUCGCUAUACUAAUAGCAGAACUAAGGUAAAUGCAACUGUAGAUCAAUCAUAUAGCUUUUAUGCUGGACAUAAUGGAAGUAAGGAUAAGCUGGAUGCCUCUGGAGCAUAUCUCUUUCGUCCAAAUGGCUCACAUCCACUGAAAUCUAAAGGAAAGGCUUCUUUUACUGUUUUGCGGGGGCCAAUAUUGGAUGAAGUACACCAGAAAACCAAUUCAUGGAUAUAUCAGAUUGCAAGAGUGUACAAAGGAAAAGAGCAUGCUGAAUUUGAGUUCACUAUUGGACCUAUCCCUAUUGAUGAUGGCUUUGGCAAAGAAGUUGUUACACGGAUUUCAACAGACAUUAGAAGCAAAAAAACAUUCUACACAGACUCCAAUGCGCGCGAUUUCAUUGAAAGGAUUCGGGACUUUAGAAAAGAUUGGCACCUGGAAGUGAACCAACCUAUUGCAGGAAACUACUAUCCAAUUAAUCUUGGAAUGUUCAUAAAAGAUGACAAGGAGGAGCUCUCUGUUUUAGUUGAUCGAGCUGUUGGAGGAUCCAGCAUUGUGGAUGGUCAAGUGGAAAUAAUGCUGCAUAGGAGGUUGGUUCAUGAUGAUAGUAGAGGUGUUGGAGAGGCUCUAAAUGAAACAGUUUGUGUUCUUAAUAAAUGCACAGGACUAACUAUUGUAGGAAAGUAUUAUCUUAGAAUAGAUCCUCUUGGAGAAGGUGCUAAGUGGCGUCGGUCCUUUGGUCAAGAGAUAUAUUCUCCUUUUCUGUUAGCCUUCACAGAGCAGGAUGAGAAUAGCUGGAAAAAUUCCCAUGUAGUAUCAUUUUCAGGGAUAGAUCCCUCCUAUGUUGUCCCUGAUAAUGUUGCAAUCGUAACCCUCCAGGAGUUGGAUGAUGGAAAAGUUCUUCUUCGAUUGGCACACUUAUAUGAGGUUGGGGAGGACAAGGAUCUCUCAGUCAUAGCAAGUGUAGAACUGAAGAAACUAUUUGCAAAUAAGAAGAUAAAGGAAAUAAAAGAGACCAGUUUGUCAGCUAACCAAGGAAGGGCAGAAAUGGAGAAGAAGAGGCUUGUCUGGAAAGUAGAAGGCUCCCCUAAAGAUGAUCCUAAGGUGGUGAGGGGAGGACCAGUUGAUCCAGCAACAUUGGUGGUUGAACUAGCUCCAAUGGAAAUUCGAACCUUUGUUCUUGCCUUCAACUAGAUUCUACAGGCAAAGAAGGUUUCAGAUUCUGUAAUGUUCUUUCCCAUUUAUCAAGAACACAUAUAAACUCAUGCUAAGAGUCUCAUUUUUCUGCAUUUGUAGGCAUUGUUUUUACAUGCCUUGAGUCAUCUGAUGAACACAACCUGCUGUAAAUAGUGAAAUAAUGCUGCCACUUGGGCCUUCAUAUGCUGCUCAGAAGUCCAAACCACCAAAUAAAUUUGAAGUGUUGUAAACUGGUGACGUAAAAGCUCACCAGAAUGCCAGUAUGAAAUGCUUAUGAGAACAAUAAAUCAAAGGGAAAUGUAAUGUGGUGAUGCUUACUCUUGUAAGGAUGUUGUGUGGAACCAAUAAAAUGUGAUUUAGUUCAAUUGUUUUGAAAUUUUUAGUCAGAGAACAGCAGCACAAUAAAGUAGACGUGAGAUU